GGGCAAUUCCCUGUAAAACUGGGUUAAGAAUUUAAGAUCUAUCCCUGCUCAAAACAGAAAAAAUUUGAACAAUAUGCCGUAAUUAUCUCCCAAACCUGAACCCUGUCCUUUACCCAUCUCCGUCCCUCCGGCCUAAACACUUCCAACUUAUUCCUCCUCCUACUUUGCUUCACCUUAUUAUGAAGAAACUUUGAAUUCACCGCAUUAUAUAAGGAAAGUGUAGUUAAAUAAGGUGAGCCAACAGAUGAACACGUCACAGUCACAGAAUGAACAAGUAGUUGAAAAAUCGUUUGCAAUAAAUAGAUGAGGUGGGAGAAGAGGGGAUAGUAGGGCGAAUUGGGCUUGCUGGCUCAUGCUCUGAGAAGAAGAAUUCCAUCAUAGAAGAUAGUAACACGCAGAUGCAGGAGAGAAGAGUCAACAUCUUUGAUCUUUCAGCCUGCAGUGAAGAAAGACUUCAGUUUUCAGCAACACCAUGAAUGAUUGCACACACCAUUGAAGAAAACACUCGGGUACUCCUCUUUCAAUUGCCGGGGGCGUAGCUCACCUGAUCGCAAGAGGGUGCCACAAAGGAGAGGUCUCAGGUUCAACUUGAAGCAAAGACUUGGGCUUGAACCUCACUCUCUUUCCACUCAUUUGUGAUUUAAGAUCAAUUUACAUCCUCCCAGAUAACUGCCCAGCCAGUUCUAGGGCUCUCAGGGAUGGAAUGUCAUCAUUUUCUAUGGGAGAACCUCUAAAUCUUAGUUUGCUUGAUAAAAAAAGAUGUUUAAGGAUCAGCCUCUCCUUUGCUAGAGCUGUUCCCUCAAAGUUACCAGUAUUCGUUAUUUUCCACUAGCUUAACAAAAUGGAGUCUAUUUCAAUAAGAAAAUCCCAUUCCAUUCUCGGAUUCUACACGUGCGGACUCCUUGCAGAAUGUGGUCAAGCAAAUCAUAUCAGAUCUUUUUCCUUUUUUCCAUAUCAACUUUUGUGCCAAAAAUGAUCGUUUACUUUUCUUUUCAUAUUUUUGAAUAACACAGUAUCGCUGAGAGUUAAGUUUUACACCUCAGAUCAUGCAGUAGAGAUAAAGAAUUUAAAAGAUUUAGUACAAAAUAUCCUUCUUCCAAUGACUGUGGUGCAUCUAUCGGUUAUAUACUUGACUGUUUAUAUUUAUAUGAUGAGCUAACCUAGAAUGAAUUUGACCCAAAAAGAAAUACAUAAAACGAAAUAGUUAAACAUAUUUGGUGUGUGAAACUACGAAGUGGGGUAUAUCUGUAUUUAACGGUAUUCACCCGUAGACUAGAGGGGAGCCUAACCGUGCUCCAAGUUAUGAAACAAAAAGUAAAAAGUUAUAAACAGAACAAAGUAAGCCUCUCCUCCACCUUAGCGGUAAAACAUGACAGCCGUCACAUGGUCCUUGACAGCCCUCAGAUGUUAAACGUAUGAUUCAGAGGUUUUACAUCUGCUCUCUUUAGGACUUCUGGUUUGUUUACACAUGAGCCUAGUUUGACAGAAGAGAAUACUUGGCUUUUACAGGAACUAUCCUGGAUGGUCAAAGCUGGUUUACACUCUCCUACGUGGCAAAGAUCUUGAAGUUUAUCUCACUGUCUCUACACCAGAAGGAGAUAUUGAUGCUGUUAUUUGAGAGAAAACCAAUGCCAACAUAUGGGUCUGGUUAUGUGGGAUUUCAUAAAGCAGUCCUACUACGUUGCUAAAGAUGGCGCUUUUGUCUAUGAGUUAUGGCUCCAAACAACGAAUCUUAAGCAAGAUUCACGAUCUGUCACAAAAUAUGCUACUGACCUCCAAUGAUGAUGGUCUGAACUUGACCAGUAUAAAAAACAAUGAAGUGGUCGAAUGCUGCAGAUGCAACUCUUCACAAGAACUAUAUAAAUCAACAACGUCUAUGUUGCUUCUUGUCUGGUUCAAAUCCCGAAUACGAUCAGACUCAGGCUCAAAUUCUGGGCAUUACUCCUCUGCCUGCCCUAUCUUCUGCCAUUGCCACUAUCAAACAUGAAGAGAGUAGACGCAAUAUAAUGAUGAAUACAAAGCUAAUUGACAGUACGGCCCUUGCUGCCAGAUCUACUUCUUCAGAUGUUAAGGAAACUAAUGGUAGCAAGGGAGGAAGAUGGUGUGAUCAUUGCAAGCGGUCUAAUCAUAAUGUGGAUACAUGCUGGAAACUUUAUCCUCAUCUGCAGAAAGAAAAGGCAGGGGCAGACGUGGAACUAGUGCUGGACGUGCCAACUCAGCCACUCCCACUAUUGUUGAGAGCUCUACUGAUUGCUACUACUACAGUUUCUUCCUAUUAUAGUUUAGUGACACAUUUUGCUUUAUUCCAUCAUAUUCCCAAGUACAGAUGAAUAUGAUGGAUAGUUUAUUGAGCUAUUUUGCUUUAUUACAUCAUAUUCCCAAACCAAAAAAUAGUGAUGGAAUAGCGAAGGAGAAACCACGCGAAGUAGAAACUGUAGUAGGAGAAACCAUAAGAGAAGAUAUGUAUGGUGAAAAGAUGAUUUAAAGCAGUGAAAAAAUGAGUUGUGGGUUGAGAUUAUAAGUUAUAACUGCACGGAAGGAAAUCGGUAAAGCGGUAAAUCGGAGGGUUAAUUAAGGGAUUGCAAGUUGUUGUGCGGAUAGCUGAAUAUAAACGUUAAAUAUCUCAGUGUUUUGUUUCAGUAGAUUUAUUUCAGACUAAGCCUUAUUCAUAUAAUAAUCCAAACAGUGCUAUUUUUAUAAAAAUUGACUGAAUUUAAGAACUGGUGUGGGCAGCCGGCUGGUAUGAGAACAGCAUGUCCUAAUUUUUGAACCAAGGUCCAUGCUUCAAUCCCGUAUUCUUCCUUUAGUCUCCUUUUAUGCUCAGCAGUCAAGUAAGGCUAUUUCACCAUAUUAAAGCACCUUCACAUUGACAAGCCGUUGAACAAAGAAUUCAAAGAGAUAGGGAAGGUCAAAGUGAUUCGUCUGUCUUUCUCACUUCUUUGGAACUACAGGACAUGACGAGAACAAACAAAGACUAGUAGUGUAUGAUUGCAUUUUCCUCAUUUUUAUAUAAAACUUUUUUACGCUAUUUUACAAUAUUAAAUCACAUUCAUUGUCAAUCAUGUCUACAAAAUUCCUUAGAGAGAAAAUACACAUACCAAACCUUGAUUUUUGUGCAAGUACCGAGCAGGCAGGGGAGGAUCUAUGUUAGGGCUAUGGUGGGCUGAAGCCCAGGGCAAACUAAAAAAAAUUAAUUUUUUUAAGGUAUUAUUUUCACAAAAUUCUAUCCAGCCCAGCCCAAAUUUUUCUAUAGCCCAAUCCAAUUUUUCAGCCCAACCCAUAAAACAAAAUCAUUCCAUCUAAAAAUCUAAUCUAAAUGUUAUACGAAUUACCUCCCACUUAACAAGAGGCACUUUUGUACAUCGUAUAAGGGCCGUAAAGCCCAAAAGGAAUAAAUGUAAUAAAUAAAAUAAAAUAUGAUUCAACUAUGAUUCACAUCAACUUGUAAAGUGUUUGAGUAUAUUCAAGAACAUUGCCCAAAAGUGAGUUUUUGGGCAGAAGUUCAUAGUGUAUAUAGACAUUUUCCAUGUUUUGAAUUUGUAUUCAAUUCACUUUUGAUAUAACGAGUAUUCUUUGUCAAGAACUUCAAAAAAUUAUUGGAUAUCUUGAUAGCAAUGAGACAUGUUUCUACUACACAACUCAUUCUCGGGGAAGUGACAUAAAAUGGAUGUGAAGGCUUUCUUGAAGAAGCAAAGGAGUUUUGCUCAAAAAAGAAAUUCUUGUACCGAAAUUGAAUUCUAAAUAUAUGGUUGGUCAUUGCCGAAAAGAAACUGCAGUUGAGCAUUCAUUAUCACUUUGAUGUUUUCAAUGAGGCAAUAGACUUUGUAUUGUUGAAGUUAAGGAUUCGGUUUGAUGAUAAAUCAAUGGAUCAAACUCCUUUCUUUGAGUGCUUCAUUGGAUCCCGAAAGUUCACAUGUGUCAUUCAAUGUCGAUGCUAUUUGUAAUCUCUUGCAAGGAAGUUCUAUCCCGAAGGUUUUAUUAAUGCUUUUGAAUUCGAGCAACAACACUAUGCUCAUGAUGUGAUUCAUGAUACAAAGUUUCGAGUAUCUACACCUGUUGAAUUAUGUGAGCAGUUGACUAAGAGCAAAAGAUCUGUUUCAUAUGUUAUGAUCAGCAUAUUGAUUCGCUUUGUAUUGAUCUAAUUGUUUUCACUACAACAAUAGAAUGAUCAUUUUCUGCCGUGAAACUUUUAAAGACAACACUCCGCGACAAAAUGGAUGAUGACUUUUUUGUUAAUUGCAAUACACUUUAUAUUGAAAAAGGUCAUACUCUUAGUAUAGAUGUAGACUCUAUGAUUGACGAGUUUUUUUGUUUCAAAGCUUCGUCGAGAACAAAUUUAGUGGAGA